AUGGCAUCCCAUUUUGGGUUCUUCCUUGAACACGUUUUAGCGAUGAAUAACUCAUCAAAGUACUUUGUCGUGUCGCCGUCGUGGGUGGCUGCAACGGCAGAAGCGAUUGGAUCUCGCAACGGUGUGAAGCUCAAGGACAGCCUCACGGCGGCCGAACAGGGUCAGGCGGUGACGAUCCAAAACGACUCCCCCGCAACCCUGAGCGGGCUCGUGGACAGUUUAUACGACACCCUCACCGGCGCCACGCGUGAGUAUUGGCAGCACCACCCCUUGCUGGCCGCGCCGGAGUGGCCGCAAAGCGAUCUGGCCGAUCGGCAAGAAAAAGAGCGGGUGAACGCGACGGAAACGGCUUUACGAGUGGCCAUCACCGGUGCCCUCGCGUGUUAUCAACGCGCGCAGCAAAAGUGCAUUUCCCUUCAGGAGCUCGGCGGCAACGUGGCGGAGGAGGAGGGUCCCACCGAUUGCCUUGAGCGGAGCAUCCACAAUACUCUGCUGAAAGGCCUUCUUUUCGCCUUUGAGGCCUUUAAAGAACUGCAUGCGAUGCGGCGGGAGCACUACGUGGCUCGUGUGGGGCAUCGCACGACGGGGACGAUCGGGUGGGAUACGUUGGUGCUUCUGCAUUUUGUCCACCACAUCCCGCAAAUCGCGCGGUGUGCGAGCGGGGCUGUGAUUGACGACGCCACCGGCCAAAUCGUGCGAAGCUGGCGGCGGUUGUUGGUGGAUUUACAAGGGGUCGACGCGGACGAGGCGCCGGAGCACUCCCGCCGUCGUGGGGCCUUGGCGUUGGUGAACGGACUCCUUCAGAUAUUAUUUCAGCGCUAUAAUACCCACCAGUGCGCCGUACUGCUGCGCUCGGUCGACCACGCCGAGGUGAGCGCGCGCACGGCGAAGGAUUCGAUGCGGUCGAUUCUCCAGCCCUCGCAGCACAUGACCUCUGAGGUCGUCGCGUAUCAUUAUUAUCACGGCCGAAUGCGUAUCUACGAGCGUUGUCUUGACGAGGCCCAUGAGGAUCUCCGGCGGGCCUACACGCUGCUGCCCCCCCCCGGCAGCGGUACCGAACCGCAGCGGCGGAAUAAACAACGCGUGCGAUUUUUUCUCGCGGUGGCGGGCCUCGCAAGUGGGCGGAAGAUUCCAGCGGAAAUCCUGCGCGCGGACGGGCUUUUGCCAUGGUUGUUCGGCGCGUUGGAGUCCGCCAUCACGCGGGGGGAUUCGGUGGCCUUCGGGAAGGCGUUGGAGCGGCAUGGGGCCGUCUGGCGUCGUCGAGGGGUGUAUCUUAUUUUACAGCGGGCUAAGCCGUUGUGUUAUGCAAUGCUGGUGGUGCGCGUACACGGCGCACUCAGCGAGCUGCCCAACACAGACAGCACUCGCAUCACACUACGAAGCCUCGUCGCGGCCUACCACGCCGUCGUGGGAGAUGGAAAAGCCCAAACGCGACGAGAGAACAGCGAUGCGGGCAGAAAACACGUUCGAAAAGCUAAAUUAGCAAAUAAACGUGUACGUCAAGAUCAGGACAGCUCUGAUGACGACGACGACGACGACGAGACUGUGGAGGCUAUGGAUGAUGAUCGCAUGAUGCUUUGGGUAGCAAAGGUUAUCAGUCUUGGAUACGUCCGGGGCUAUCUCUCGCAUGAACAUAAAACUUUGGUGGUGGCGCGAAAUAAUGCAUUUCCCUUCCUUUCCAAGCAAUGA